UAUUGACUCACAAAAUGGAAAUAGUUUUGGUAUUCGCCGCUCUUGUCAGCUUGGCCUGCGGCCAAGGAAUGAUUGACUUUAAGCCGUACAACGAAACAGCGGCGAGUAUGUUUAAAGUAGAAGACACGAAUGGGGAUGGUGUCUUAUCGAGGAAUGAAACCGUGGGCAGUUUUGUCAAGUUUGACUUUAACGGAGAUGGAAGAAUCGAACGACUGGAGUACGCAUGCUACCAGUUCAACGUUCAUCCGGCUCUGGGAAGCUUUGCACAUGCUCUCUUCGACGAGUACGACACUGACAACGAUCACCAUUUGGACAUGCAUGACAUUGAGAGAUUAUACGAUAGAAUGGAUACAAACAGUAAUGGUGACGUCGUUGAAAGUGAAUUUGCAGAGUUUUGGAUACAGCUCUUCAAGAAAUACGAAAAUUACCACAUCCACGGCGCCAAUCACCCGAAACACGAACCUAAAGCCUGUGAACACAUCCACGGUGGGAUCAUCGGUUAACAAUGUUCCCCUGCCAGUUCAGUAACCAGCCUGAAGCUAGACAUUUUACCCAAAUAGCCCUACCGCCGCGAGGACGGAUGAAUAAAUUGUGGACUGUGUGAAUUCUUUUUCUUGUAUGCUUUACGAUAAACGUUACCAUUUUUCG